GCCAGAAGAGCCUAUGCAUAGUAUACAUGUAGCUUGGAAUGAAGCCAGAAAACGCAAUAACAUUGAGCAUGACUUCCAAGUAGUGCCCGUGUUUUUCAUCGUGUGCUCUUGCUACUCGCUAUAUACAUUACUUGUGCUAACUAACCUUCUACAUUUUCAUAGCACCUUUUCUUCUGCUUAGUAAUCGAAGUUUUAUUAGUUUACAAAACUAUGCUGACUGUGUUAUGUCUGAUUUCUCUGUGUUAACUCUAACGUGUGCUGCACCCUUAUAUGCAGGCUCUCAUGCUGUCUGUUGAUGAAGCUCGCCAGCUUGAGCAGACCUCUCGCCAGCAGAGCCAAAGUGCAACAUGGAAAGCUGCUCGCAAAAAUCGAUUAACUGCUUCAAAUUUUGGUGUUGCUGUUACACGUGAGAAUUGGACACAAAAAGGCCUGCAGAACCUAACCACAGACAGAGAUCUGUCUAGAGUAAGGGCCAUCCAGUAUGGAGUUUCAAGCGAAGCCAUGGCUGUUCAGCAAUAUGAAAGAACCCUCCGAACCUUCCGGCACAACAUUGAGACCUUCCACUGCGGCCUUAUUGUGGAUCCCACGUGCCCAUGGCUCGGUGCAUCUCCCGAUCGUGUGGUGUGGGACCCAGAGGAACAGAGUCCUCAUGGCAUUGUUGAAGUCAAGUGCCCAUAUUCAAUGAGAGACUUGAAAAUACCAAGCACUCAAGGCUCAUGCCUUGUGAAAGACGGUAACGGCACGUACAGGCUCAACCGCACCCACUUUUACUAUUACCAGGUUAUCGGGCAGAUGGCCUUUUCAGGGCUUACUUGGGCUGACUUUGUCAUGUAUGCUCCACAGUUUCUAGUUGUUGAAAGGAUUAGGUUCAGUGAAAGUGAAUGGCAGAAAUGCAAAAAUAGGCUGGACAGCUUUUAUUUUUCGACGCGUCUACCGUAUUUGGCAAAAGCAUGCAGUACAAGCAAUAAAUCUUGAAUUUAAGAAUUAAAAAAUUCAAUGAGAAUUUAUGUAUUUAUUAAUAAAGUUUUGAUACUAUUGACAAUCCCUUGUAUCCUUUUCUUGAAACGAGUAUCGAAGCCAUGUGCUCAUGGCUUUGGCUAUGCUAGCUUGGCAGUCACUGGGAAGGCUAUGUAGUACUGAACCGACACCUUGCACAGAUCCUAGGUUGCUAUUAAAGGACUUUGAAGAUUGCUUAAGAAUGCACACAAUGCCCAAAUUUCAUUAAUGAUCGGUGCAAUUGACAGUGGGAU